AUGUCGCCUUUGCUCGAGGCGAGGACGCAUGCUCCUGCCGAGGCGACACUCCUUGGCAACCCGCUGGACGCAAGCAGCUAUCCGCACUUGAUCGACACGAUCCUUGCUGCAUCGUCCCUCGACACUCUCCUUUCCUUUCGCGCCACGUCACAAUACUUCAACAGCAAGGUCAAAGCUAUUCUCAAGCGCGAUGGAUGUCACAUGGUGGUCAGCGGCGGAAAGGGGUCAGUGGCCAACGCUCCCAAGGUGGCAUUCCGCCAUAGUGGUGACAGGAUGCUUGUUCCAACCUCGGCUUCGUUUCUUGCACCCUUUGCGCAUACAGUGGAUAUUCAAGGCACUGUCGCUCACCGGGAACAUCUCUCCAACCUGGCCGACCUUUCGCGCAGCCUCAAAACCGUCCGUAUUCACAAUUUCCACCACCGGAUGGGGGCCACCCACCUAUUCAAGGCUGAUACCGGUAUUGUAUCAAUCCACGCCUUUCCCCACGCUGAGGAGCCAAGCUCCUCUGACCAGCAGGCCGCCCACCGUCUUCUCGCAAAGGGUACCCGCAAGAUCUUCAUCAACCUCAGAACCAGUCCUGCCGUCUACCAGUCUACACUGUCUCCACUCCAACGAGGUGCAUUUGACUUUCAUCGCUCGGUCACGGAAGCGGUCAUCAUCGUCAAUGACGUUCAAGACGAUGUCGACUGGAACCGGAACCCUCCCUUAGACUCACACACGCUAGGGGCUAGCCUCUUGCUGGCGGCCAUGGAUCAUCCUGGCAUCAAAUUCGUCCUCGUCAAUCACCAUGAGGUCAUGGAGAAGAUCUUUCGUGACUUGUGCGUGCCGCGCGGCACAAACGUGGGAUUUCUCCGUCUGCAUGAGUACCGUGAGCUGGUCGGCGAAGAACAGUUUGCGCUGGAGACCACGGCUUAA